AAGAAGAGUAGAGAGCAGGCCCUAAAGUUUGAGCUUUUGAAGAUGGAAGACAACAGCCGAAAAGGCCCAAUGAUUAAGGAUUUGUCAGUUACCACAUAAACAGAGAGAGAUAAAACAACAAUAAACCACUGGGAUUAUUACAACUUUUUUUGAGAGCUAAAAACUGUACUUGUUCUUUUUACGUUUCAUGGUUGCUGUUAAAAAGCUUAGAUUUUUAUUCAACUCUUCUUCACUGUUGCAGAGAAAGAUCUCAAUCAUGGAGCUUCUUUAUCUUCCCUUUUGAAUCUGAAUUAGUUUUCUCAAGGUUUCAACUCAGAAAUGAACUAGCUAUGAAUAUGGAUAACCCUGAUGACAAUGGUUAUUCUGUUGAAGUCAUUGGAUGAAUGACUUAGAUUAAAACCAUUAAAGUCCAUUACCUCUCUGCGACUUGUUACUUGGAACAGGAAAAUCCAGGUCUCAUGGAAGGACCACGGGGUAGACGCCAACCUUCUGAUCUUCCAGAAUCUGCCUUUUUUCACAAUAAUACAGGCAGGCCUAAUUCAGAAGGGUACAGUAAUCGUGGAGGUGGCUUGCCAGGACUAAGGAAGAGAGGUCAUGGACAUGGAAGCCGCUCUUGGAUAAAAAUUGAUCAGAAUGGUGAUUCUAAGGUCUUGGAACUCGAUAAGGCUACUAUAAUGAGACAUUGUUCCUUGCCUGGUAGGGAUCUCCGGCUUUUAGACCCACUUUUCAUUUAUCCUUCCACAAUCUUAGGACGGGAGAGAGCUAUUGUGGUCAGCCUUGAACAGAUUAGAUGCAUAAUCACAGCUGAGGAGGUUAUCCUGAUGAAAUCCUUAGAUGGAAGUGUUCUCCAGUAUGAGUCAGAAUUUCGCAAACGUCUUCAGACAAACAAAGACCAAGCAGACGACUUGCCCUUUGAAUUUAAAGCUCUGGAAUUGGCUCUGGAGUUAACUUGCAUGUCUCUUGAUGCUCAGGUAAAAGAACUGGAAAUUGAACUUUAUCCAGUUUUGGACGAACUAGCGUCAUCUAUUAAUACUAUUAAUCUGGAACGUGUUCGUAGACUCAAAGGUCAUCUCCUUGCAUUGACUCAGCGUGUUCAGAAGGUUCAUGACGAGAUAGAGCAUCUCAUGGAUGAUGAUGGCGACAUGGCUGAGAUGUAUCUGACAGAAAAGAAACUGAAGGAAGAAGCUUAUGCACUUGAUGAGUUGAAUUUUCAAAGUAAUAUGUCAGAUGACACCAAAGAGGUUUCAAAAUCUGCACCAGUUUCUCCGGUGAGGUCAUUUAGUGGAGUCCAGAAAUUGCAGAGAGCAUUUAGCAGUAUCGUUUCUUCAAGCAAACACGGAAGCUUAACUAGUUCUUCUUCUAAUUAUGAAAACGUCGACCAACUUGAAAUGUUGCUGGAAGCAUAUUUUGUUGUCAUUGACAACUCUCUCAGCAAGUUGUUCUCGCUCAAAGAGUAUAUUGAUGACACUGAAGAUUUUAUCAACAUUAAACUGGGAAAUGUGCAGAACCAACUGAUUCAAUUCGAGUUGCUUCUGACAGCCGCGACCUUUGUGGCUACAGUAUUUGCAGUUGUUACAGGAGUAUUUGGGAUGAAUUUCGCAGACUCGAUUUUUGAUUACGCGCCUACAUUUAAUUGGGUUUUGAUUAUAACUGGUAUUGCUUGUGGUUUCUUGUACACAUCUUUCCUGUUCUACUUUAGGCACAAGAAAGUCUUUCCAUUAUAGAAAUUUAUUGAAAGCUUCUCAAUGGGUAAUUAGUCUUUAGCUCUUGAUUUA